AUGUCCAUUGAUAUCAACUGGGACACCAUCACAUGCGGCGCAGAAGGCUCCGCGCGUGCAGAGAAAAUACGCGCCUUUAUCCAUGACCGCUUCCAGCAAGUGACGCUGCCACGCUUCAUUCGCUCCGUUCACGUGCACUCGUUCGACUUUGGCAGUGUCGCUCCCGAAAUUGAAAUCAAGGACAUAUGCGAUCCACUGCCGGACUUCUACGAGGAUGAUGAAGAUUACCCAGACGAGGAAGGCGGCGAGCCCGAGCCCGAGCCUGACGACGAAGCCUUACACGCUGAUGACAAGCUACGUGAUCGUGAGACAGCAAAUCCGCAACGACUCCACCCCGAUCAUGCCCACGUACGCCCGUCUCAACCUCGUACUAAGCCGUCUAACAAGCGUGGUUCGUUGGCUCCCAACGAGAUAGGCAGUCCCUUCUUUCCUGGCGCACUCACACCAGGCAUCCCCGGUGGCACCUCCAACAUGAACUACUUCCAUCUUCCUUUGAGCGCAGGCUUAUCUGGCGCUGCAACACCUCUCGCUGCUGUAGCUGGCGCACAGUUACAUACUUGGCUCGAUAAUCCCCAUGGCCGGCCAGCAACUCCGGCCAAUAUGCGUCUUCGUCAUGCUGCAUCUGUCAAUUCUCUAACACUCACGCCACAGUCUCAUCCCGAUCCUAGCUCCCGGCCUUCUUCACGACAUCAACAAGACGAGCCCAAGAGGCCGACUUUUGCUGGAUCGGAUGAUGGCCUUUCUCAAGAUAGCUAUGUCCGGACCCCAUCUGCAUCUCCAAACCGCAUGCACGAGAAGAGCCCCGAUGAUAUUCAAGUCGUGACGCAUGUGCAAUAUUCUGGGGAUAUCAAAAUGUCCUUGACUGCGGAAAUCCUUCUUGACUACCCCAUGCCAAGCUUUGUCGGCAUCCCCCUCAAACUAAACAUUACCGGGCUCACAUUUGAUGGUGUUGCUAUUCUCGCCUACAUCAAGAAGCGGGCCCAUUUCUGCUUCUUGUCGCCUGACGAUGCAGACGCCUUGGUCGGCAGCGACACUGGUUUCAAUGGUCUCCAAACAGACGCACGGGGCCAAAACCCACGCCCUGUGCAGCGCCCCAAGAUUGGAGGGCUACUGGAAAACAUCAAAGUCGAAAGCGAGAUUGGUGGCCAGGGCAGUGGCAAACAAGUUCUCAAGAAUGUGGGCAAGGUAGAAUCAUUCGUGUUGGAGCAAGUCAGGCGCAUAUUCGAGGACGAAUUCGUAUACCCAAGCUUCUGGACCUUUCUCAUUUAG